AAGGAUAUUAGAUAACAUCUGAACGGAAAAGAAGAGCUCCCGGACUCUCCAUUGAUGGAGGUCCUCGCCAGCUCUGCAACUGCUUCUUCAUGCCCUCAUUUCGUAAUCUCCAACUUGUACAAGAACCCUAACUCCGCCUCCAUGGCUGCCACCACUCAGGUGCUGCAACGGAAGUAUGCACCAGUAAGGAUUGUAGAAGCUCGAGCAAAGGCUCCCUUAAUGUGUUUGAAGAUUACAUCCCUUAAGAGACCAAUAAAUUAUGGUAAUACGGAUAGGGCCUUGCUUUUACCGAUAUGCAGACUCAACCAGAGUUUCUUUUCUCAGUUUAGUUUGUUUUCAGUACGCUAUAGUAAGCUUAAGAAAAAACUUCGAUUGAAGAAAUAUGCUGGCAGUCUCCAUAAAGUGAUAAGUUGUUCAGAAAAAAUUGGACGUAAUGCUUUUGUUCGAUUCGUUGUUGGACUGAUGGUGGUCAUGUCAGUUUCUGUUUCCGUUAGCGAGAGUCCGUCAUGGGCUCUCACUGAAGAGAAUCUUCUGUUCUUAGAAGCAUGGAGGAUGAUUGACCGUGCAUAUGUUGACAAAAGUUUCAAUGGACAAAGUUGGUUUCGGUACAGAGAAAAUGCACUGCGCAAUGAGCCGAUGAACACACGAGAAGAGACAUAUAUGGCCAUAAAGAAGAUGCUUGCCACAUUGGAGGAUCCUUUCACUCGGUUUCUGGAACCUGAAAAGUUAAAGAGUCUACGGUCUGGGACUCAAGGUGCUCUUACAGGCAUAGGGCUGUCAAUUGGCUACCCUACAAAAUUUGAUGGAUCACCUGCUGGUCUUGUUGUUAUUUCAGCUUCUCCAGGAGGUCCAGCAAACAGGGCUGGCAUCUUGUCUGGGGAUGUUAUUCUGGCAAUUGAUGAUACAAGUACAGAAACAAUGGGUAUAUAUGAUGCAGCAGAGCGGUUACAGGGAUCUGAAGGAAGUUCAGUGAAAUUGACCGUUCGUAGUGGGCCUGAAAUAAAGUACCUGGAUUUGAUGCGGGAGAAAGUUUCACUGAAUCCAGUAACGUCAAGACUAUGUGCGGUGCCUGCUUCAGGAAAGGAUUCCCUUAGGAUUGGCUAUAUCAAACUAACAUCGUUCAAUCAAAAUGCAUCUGGUGCUGUCAAGGAAGCAAUUAAUACUCUAAGGAGUAAUAAUGUUAAUGCCUUUGUGUUGGAUCUUCGAGACAAUAGUGGUGGUCUUUUUCCAGAAGGAAUUGAAAUUGCCAAGAUUUGGUUGGACAAAGGUGUGAUUGUAUAUAUAUGUGAUAGUCGUGGUGUUCGAGAUAUAUACGACACUGAUGGAAGCAAAGCAGUAGCACCGUCAGAACCCUUGGCUGUGCUGGUGAAUAAGGGCACAGCUAGUGCAAGUGAAAUAUUAGCCGGGGCAUUGAAAGACAAUAAACGUGCGGUGUUGUUUGGAGAGCCCACAUUUGGGAAAGGGAAGAUUCAGUCAGUUUUUGAGCUGUCUGAUGGCUCCGGGUUGGUUGUUACAGUUGCUCGUUAUGAGACACCUGCUCACACAGAUAUUGAUAAGGUUGGUGUGGUUCCAGACCAUCCCUUGCCAACCUCAUUCCCCAAAGAUGAGGAGGCAUUUUGUAACUGCCUCCAAGAUCCUGCAUCUGCUUGCAACAAAGUCGAGCUGUUUGCAAGAUGACAGUAUACCCUCUGAAAGACAAGACCUUCCUUUUUUGUUUUGUGCAUUAGCAUUGUUUACAGUACAGGAAAUUGACAAUUAUUUGUUUUCAUAGUUUGACAUUCUUUCAAGGUUUUAUUUGUUUAUGUAAUGUUACAUAUUCAAUGUCUGGGUAGAACCAAGAUGGUAAACAAAUAGCAAAUAUUUGAUUAAAAUCAAUUAAAGAAAUUUACCAUGUCAA